AUGCUACGGUCAAUUAUACGACAUGCCAGUACAAAUGUAGCAACAACUACAACAACCACUACAGCAACCACAAGACCAUCAUUAUUAUCAAUACUACCAUCAAAAAGAACAAUCAAUAGAAUUUUAUUUGACAAUGAUUCAUCAAUAACUUAUUCAAAAAUGAUUCCAGUCCUUACUGAAAUAUACAAUAAUUUAUCAACACCAUCUAAAAUCCAAAUUCCCAACAAAAUAACAACUCAUGAUUUAAUGAUUUUCAAAAAAGUUUUAGAAAAUAUAAGAAAUAUAACUCAAUCAAUAAAUAAAAAUUUAUUAGAUUUAGAAAAUGAAAUAAUUGAACAAUGUGCAGAAAUGGGAAAUUUAGAUGCUAUUACUUUAUUAUCAUUUGAAACUAUACAAAAAUCAUUAACAAAAAAUCAAAUAAUAUCACCACAAUUGGAAGAAGAUUUAAAAACUGCCAAUAAAUUUAUAAAAGAAUUAACUGAUUUAAAACAUCCAUUAGUUUUUAAAAUGGCAGGUGAUUUAGCUUAUGAAAAAGGAGUAUUUAAUAAAGCUUUAGAAUUCUACACGCAGUUUUUGGAAGUUGAACCAGAUACUAUAGAAGCAGGUCAUAUUUAUUAUAAUUUAGGUUAUUAUUUUUUUGCACAACCACCACCAACACAAGAUUAUCAAAAAUCCAAACAAUAUUUUUUAAAAUGUUUAAAAUUAUGUGAUUUGGAUCAAUUUUCAAUAAAAGCUCAUUAUUAUUUAGGUCAAUUAUAUAUUGACACAAACCCCAAACUUGCAAAAUAUCAUAUGGAAAUAAGUGCAACUAAAUCUUUGGCUGAAUCUUUUAAUUCACUUGGUUUUUUAGAAAUGAAUAAAUUUAAAAAUUAUAAUAUUGCAUUAGAAUGGUUUAAGUUGGGUAUUGAAGCUAGAAAUCAAGAUGUUCUAUGUUUAAUUGGUUGUUUUGAUUGUUAUAUGAAUUUAAAAAAUUGGGAAAAUGCUAAUAAGAUUUUAAAAAAUUUGAAAAAUUUAAAGACCAAGAUGGAUUCUUUUAAAUUGGAUAAAACCAAAAUUGUACCUGAUUCAAUGAAGGGUCAAUUUGAAUUUAAUGAUUCAUUAUUAAUUACUUUUUUUAAAAGUAGAGAGAAUGAUUUCAAUUUGCUAAAUAAUAAACUUGGAGAGUGA